AUGAUAAAUCAAGAUUCUCCUUCUCAAGAUUCUAAUUCGAGUUCUCUUAAUCAUUCAGAUCAUCUCUUCCUUCAUCCUGCAGAUCAUCCUGGACUAUUGUUAGUUUCAAAACCCUUUAAUGGUUCGAAUUUUGGUUCCUGGAAGAAAUCAAUGUCUAUAGCCUUGUCGGCAAAGAUUAAACUGAUCUUUAUCAAUUCGAAUACUCAGCCUAAUAUAACUGACUUCAAAUAUGGUCAAUGGAAAAGAUGCAAUGAUAUGGUUACAUCAUGGAUAUUGAAUGUCUUAUCUCAAGAAAUAGCUGAAAGUGUUCUUUACUCAGAUUCAGCCUAUAAUAUCUGGAAAGAACUUGAAGAUCGUUAUGGUCAAGCAAGUGGUGCCAAACUCUUUCAAUUGGAAAAAGAAAUUCGAUUAUCAGGCCAAGGUACGAAUGAUAUUGCUGGUUAUUUUACAAAAUUGAAGAAAAAUUGGGAUGAAUUGAACAUCUUGUCUUCUUUGCCUAUCUGUUCUUGCGGUUCUGCACAAGCUAUGCAAAAGUUCAACGAAGAUCAACGCCUUAUUCAAUUUCUUAUGGGACUCAAUAGUGAUUACAAUCACAUUAGGGGAAAUAUUCUAAUGAUGAAACCUUUGCCCUCUGUAAGUCAGGCAUAUGCCCUAUUGUCUCAAGAAGAAAAGCAAAGAGAAGUUCAAGCAGCAUCAGAAUUCAUUAAUGAAUCAGCUUCAAUGUAUGCAUCAAAUCACAAUCAAAAUCAACAGCAAAGAAUUCAAUAUGACCAAAAUUACAAACAAAAAUUAGAUGGCAAAAGAACUGUAUGUAACCACUGUAAGAAACCAGGGCACAUUGCAAGCAAAUGCUACAGACUUGUGGGUUUUCCUAAAGAUUUUAAGUUCACUAAAAAUAAAAGAUUUGCUGGAAAUUCUAUGAGCAAUCAAGAUGAUGAUCCUUCUCAACCUGGAGAACAUUACCUUCACAACAAUAAUCAAGAUCGGAAUUCUUGUAAACUUAAAAGUCAAAAUGAUCUUCAAACCCGGAAUUAUGAUAAUAAUCAUCAAAACAUAUCUCAAGCUCAAUUCAAUCAACUCAUGGCCAUGAUGAAUAACCUACAAACUAGCAAUAAGCUCACUGACCAUUUUGAAGGAUCUUCUUGUCAAGCUUUUACAGCUUCCAAUUGUUCAGGUAUAAAGGCUUGUUUUCCUCAUGUUUCUUCUGGUGAUUGUGUUGGUUGUUGUUGUUGGUCAGCUACUGAUUGUACUUGGAUCAUUGAUACUGGUGCAAGUGAUCAUAUGUGUCAUAAUGAAAAGCUUUUUAUCCAAACACAAAUCCUUCCUAAAGCACAUCAUGUUACUUUGCCAAAUGGUCAUGUUGUUAAUGUGCAUAAGGUUGGUUCUGUGCACAUUCAUCCCAACAUCACCUUGCAUAAUGUGCUUUAUAUUCCUCAAUUUAAGUAUAAUCUGCUUUCAAUAGGCAAACUUUGCAAAGAACCCUUUUCUUACGCUUUCUUCACUAAUUCUAAGUGUUAUUUUCAGGGCCCUUCAAUGAAGAGGCCUCUACAUCUUGGUGAUAUUCACUCAGGGCUAUAUUUGCUCCAACAUUCUCCUGCUUCUCAAGCUCAAACACAUUACGAAUCGUCCACAUCUGACGCAAAUAUAUGCCACAAAGAUCAUGCUCAGUCAAACUCAAUCUUCUAA